AUUAAACUAGGGUUGUCUAUGUGGAUAACUAUAUUAUUCUUGAAAGCAUGAAGGUGAAGCUUGAAGAAAAGGAGAAGAAGAUCAAGCAGAUGGAAGAAAAGAAGAAGAAGAUCAAGCAGAUGGAAGAAAAGGAGAAGAAGAUCAAGCAGAUGGAAGAAAAGAAGAAGAAGAUCAAGCAGAUGGAAGAAAAGGAGAAGAAGAUCAGGAAGAUGGAAGAAAAGGAGAAGAAGAUCAAGCAGAAGGUCAAGCAGAUGGAAGAAAAGGAGAAGAAGAUCAAGCAGAAGGUCAAGCAGAUGGAAGAAAAGGAGAAGAAGAUGGAAGAAAAGGAGAAGAAGAUCAAGCAGAAGAUCAAGCAGAUGGAAGAAAAGGAGAAGAUGGUCCCAAAUGCUUGCAACGCAAUUGUCUUGCAUAAUCAAAGGCGACGUCCAAAGUUGAUUGCUUCUUAUAUAUCAUUUAGUCCGCGCGAAUGUGUUACAGGCAGUUGUUGCAGCGGCAAUAGCGUUAUCUAACUGUACCAUCAUGUGAAAGAUUUGGUGCAUGGUCCUGACUUUCGAAACCCAUGCAAGCAAAUUAUUUUAGCCCAAUAAUCUGGGAAUAUAUAUAUAUAUAUAUAUAUAUAAACCAGAGAGUAUGCAUGUAUCCGGUUACGAAGUUUCUAUCCUUUAUGAAUCUGUCAUGUAUUUGGAUUUUGAAUAACGAGGCUACGUAUUUAGCCAUGUUUGGAUUUUGAAUUGUUAUUAAUGUUAAAGUAAUUCAGAUCAAACAUAA